AUGUUGGUUUACCAGGACCUCCUUUCAGGUGACGAGCUUCUCUCUGACUCCUUCCGCUACAAUGAAAUUGAGAAUGGAAUGUUGUGGGAAGUUGAGGGAAAGUGGGUUGUUAAAGGAGCAGUUGAUGUAGACAUUGGAGCAAACCCUUCUGCUGAAGGUGGUGAUGAGGAGGGCGUAGAUGACCAGGCUGUUAAAGUUGUUGAUAUUGUUGACACCUUUAGACUCCAGGAACAACCUCCUUUUGACAAGAAACAAUUUGUUACAUUUAUGAAAAGAUUAAUCAAGAAUUUGACUCCCAAACUUGAUGGAGAGAAACAGGAGUUAUUUAAAAAACACAUUGAGGGGGCAACCAAAUUUCUGCUCCCUAAGCUUAAAGAUUUUCAAUUUUUUGUUGGGGAGAGCAUGCAUGAUGAUGGUUGCUUGGUCUUUGCCUACUACAAGGACGGUGCCACUGAUCCGACAUUUCUGUACUUUGCAUAUGCCUUGAAGGAGGUUAAGUGCUAA